CCAUUCCGCGGUCACACUUAAUAUCACGUUUAAUUGUUUAUUAUUCGGCGGUUGGGUUUUAAUUGUUUUUCGGCGAUGGCGCUUCUCCGAAACGCGUCCCAGAGCUUCUUGGGCAGUUUCCGGCGCUUUGCCAGCAGCGGAUGCACCAUCUACAGCCUCAGUUCCGGUCAUGUCAAGUGCGGUGUGUCCGUGAUCCGCGUCUCCGGGCCGCAAACAAAGAAGGCCCUCCGAGCAAUUGUUGCAAACAAAGAAUACGAGCCAAAGGCUCGUCAGGCGUAUCUGAAAUCCUUCUACCAUCCCGCCAGUAAGGAGAUGAUCGACCGUGGGCUCUUACUUUGGUUUCCGGGACCGGCUUCUUUCACUGGCGAGGAUUCCUGCGAGUUCCAGGUGCACGGAUCCUUGGCAGUCAUUGCGGCCAUGCUGGAUGCUCUGGGAAAAGUGGAUGGAUUGCGGCCGGCGGAGCCGGGAGAGUUCACGAAGAGAGCCUUCUUUGGUGGUAAACUGGAUUUGACUGAGGUGGAGGGAUUGGCAGAUCUUAUCCAUGCUGAAACGGAGGCGCAAAGAAAGCAGGCACUGCUACAAAGUACUGGAGCUCUGGCGCGUCUCUACGACAACUGGCGCCGGCGACUUAUUCGCUGUGCUGCCCAUUUGGAGGCCUACAUAGACUUCGCGGAAGAGGAGCAAAUCGAGGGCGGCAUCAUUCUGCAACUCGGAAAGGAACUGAAGGCGGUGAAGCGCGAAAUUCGCGAGCAUUUGAGUGACCAGCGGCAGGGAGAGCUCCUCCGCGAUGGAGUUCGCACUGUGAUCAUCGGAGCACCCAAUGUUGGCAAGAGUAGUCUGCUCAAUCUCCUCUGCCAGCGAUCCGUGUCCAUAGUGACGGAUCAGGCGGGCACCACAAGGGAUAUUAUAGAAACAAUGCACAAUUUCGGAGGAUAUCCGGUGGUAUUUUCCGACACAGCCGGAUUACGCCGAUAUACUACGGAUAGUAUAGAGCAGGAGGGUAUGCAGAGAGCAAAGAACUGUCUGGUCCAAUCCGAUUUGAUAUUGCUCCUAGCAGAAGCCAAAAACAUUGCACAGCUGACGCACGAUGACGCAGUUGCUCCCUAUGUAGAUAGCUAUCUGGGCGAGCUGGAUAUACCUCUGGACAUGUGCUCAGGGAAACGUCUGCAAUUGGUGGCCAAUAAAACGGACACUUUGACGGAGGAGGAGCAUCAGCAGCUGGACAAGCUGUCCAACGUGUUAGCCAUAUCAUGCCAUAAGCCCGAUAAGAUGCCCGUCUUUCUGGGAUCACUGGAGAAGCAGCUGCAAGAACUGUGCGGAGAACCGCGGGCGGAGAAUCCACGCAUCACAAACACACGCUACCGACAACAACUGGAACGCUGCAUUGAGAACAUUGACAUUUUUCUGCGAGAUUACAGACCCGACGUUUACCCGGACAUGGCCAUUGCCGCGUCCAAGCUCCGCAACUCCGUGCGCUGCAUCGAACGCAUCACCGGACACAUCAGCUGCGAAGAUAUACUCGACGUGGUCUUCAAGGACUUUUGCAUUGGAAAAUGAAGAGAUAACCAUAGUUUAUAGUUGUGAGUUGCGAAGAUUACACUGCCCCGUUGAGUAUUGAAUAAAAUAUUCAUUUGUACCUUUAGAGUUUUAAUAAGGACAAUAAAUUAAGAUUUCUGCACGUUUAA